GGCGGGUGGAGUGUGAGGGCCUGAGUGUGCCCCCUCCCCACCUGGCCGCCAGGGAGCCUGUGGGUUCUCUCAGCUCGCUGCCCAGGAGCAGAAGGAGAUGAAGGAGGGUCAGGAGAGGGGUGUCCUGAAUGAGACGAGCCCCCUCUGCAGAGGGCCCAGCCCCCCAGCGCCGCAACAUGAGGGUCACAGACCCGCAGGCCAGACCAAGAGGGGCCUGUCUUCUGGGGGGAGUGGCUCCUCAGGACGAGCCCCUUUGCCCCGGACUAGGUCUGUCUCCUUGGACCAAUUCCCCGAGGGGCGUCCUUCCAGACUGCCCUCCCAGCCCGGAGGCGCCAGCCCGUCACACAGUGUCAGCACCUGCCGAGCACCCGGGGAUGGCAGCCGUGUGUUUGGGAAGAAGGCCCGAGGCACGACCGUGAUGUCUUGUUUCCUUGAACAUUUUCUCCAGGUUCACCAGGCUCCUCCUUCCAUCCUGCCGGGGUGCUGCUUCCUGCCGCUCUUUUUACCUGACCAGGACACCAGGCCCCACGGUCAGCACAGAGACAGGAGCCAGCCACCAGCAGAAGCCCACGUCCAGGACCCCAGGAGGAAGCCCUCCCUGGGGCUAGGACCAAGGGCUGCCCAAAGGUCCCACAGAGGGAUGCGGGUGGUGUCUUCCCGAUGCCCCCGCCCAUGUGCUCCCACGCCUGCAGCCCGCAGCCGGUACACCCGCUUCAUCCGCCGCUGUUGGGGGCCACCCACUAGGACCCACAUCAGCAGGAAGAGGGGCAAGCGGUCUAGGAUUGCAGGGGUCCAGCGGAGCCACUCCCGGGCGCCAGGCUGGGCCCACAAGAGACCAAUGGGGAGCAGCCAAGAACAGCCCCCGCACCUGCCAAGCCAGCGGGGCCAAGACAAAGCCCUCCUGGACGCAGUUGAUGCUGCCAGGCGUCGGGCCUCUCUGCUGGAGAGGCAACUGCCAGAGGAGGAGAGGGAGCUGCACGGCAGUGGGCAGGGGCCCUACUUCUAUAUCGGAGGCACCAACGGGGCCUCCAUAAUCAGCUCCUACUGCAAGAGCAAGGGCUGGCAGCGCAUCCAGGACAGCCGGCGUGAGGACUACAAGCUGAAGUGGUGCGAGGUCAAGUGCAGAGACAACUACUGCAGCUUCCGGGAAGGUGAGCAGCUGCUCUACCAGAUCCCGAACAACAAGGUCCUCACCACCAAGAUCGGGCUGCUCAGUGCCCUGAGGGAGUACUCGAGGGUCGUGAGCAAGACCAAGAUGUCACCAUGUGCCCAGGCCGGAUCUAGAAAGGACACAACAUCGGCCCUUGAGGAGCUCACGUGGACCAGCCCAGGAUGCCUCGGGCCACAGAGGGUCCUGAAAAUGGAAGAAUUUUUCCCAGAGACCUACCGUCUGGACAUCAGGGACGAGAGAGAGGCUUUCUUCACUCUCUCUAAUGAAAAUCAGAUAUGGAUCUGCAAGCCCACUGCCUCCAACCAGGGCAAAGGCAUCUUUCUGCUCAGGAGCCAGCAGGAAGUCGCCGCCCUGCAAGUCAAGACCCAGAUCAUCGAGGAUGACCCCAUCUACCGCAAGAUGCCGUUCCGGGCACCUCAGGCGCGGGUCAUGCAGAGGUAUAUCCAGAACCCAUUGUUACUGGACGGGAAGAAGUUUGAUGUGCGUUCCUACCUGCUCAUCGCCUGUGCCAUGCCAUACAUGGUCUUCUUUGGUCAUGGCUACGCCCGCCUAACCCUUGGCCUCUAUGACCCCCAUUCCAGUGACCUCAGUGGCCACUUGACCAACCAAUUCAUGCAGAAGAAGAGCCCCCUGUACGCGCUGCUCAAGGAGGACUCGGUGUGGAGCAUGGACCGCCUCAACCGCUACAUCAACGACAAAUUCAGGAAGACCGAGGGACUCCCCAGGGACUGGGUCUUCACUACCUUUACGAAGCGGAUGCAGCAGAUCAUGGCUCACUGCUUCCAAGCUGUCAAGUCCAAGCUCGAAUGCAAGCUGGGCUACUUCGACCUCAUUGGCUGUGACUUCUUGAUCGAUGAGAACUUCAAGGUGUGGCUGCUGGAGAUGAACUCCAACCCUGCCCUGCACACCAACUGUGAAGCCCUGAAGGAGGUGGUCCCGGGCGUGGUCAUGGAAACCCUGGCCCCACAGCCCGCGUGAGCCCUAUUCCCUGGCUCUGUGACCCCAGGAAAGGAUCCGGAUGCCCAUGGAAAGGAGUGCUCAAACCCAAGAUUGUUCCACAGACCCCUGCCCCGGCACAGCUUUUUUCUGGGCCAAGAGGGCACCGGGGCUCCUGGUCUCCACCGCCUCCCUGGGCCCUAACUUUCCCGAAGGCCUGGAGCUGCAGAGCCCGAGGACGUCGGCUGUCGGGGAGGGGGCACAGUCGUGACAGGGGUCCUGAAGGACACGCCGAGCCGGCACUCGCCCUGGCCUGGCCAGUCCAUGCAUGGCCUCAGGUGUUCCCGGUUCCUCGUGGGCCCAGCCCUCAGGCCAGGGGAGAGCCGGGCCUGGGAUGGGUCCCAGCCCCCUCCGACCACGGAGUGUCCAGGGCCAGCCAUAAUCCCCUCUCCACCCCUGUCCCCCAGCCACCUGCACCCUCCCCAGUCCAGGUCCCAGGGUCCGGGCAACCACACCCCAGCUUGCACACCUCACUCACUCCCUCUCAGCACCCUGCCCUCACCUCUCCAUGGUUACCACCAGGUCACAAAGGCCCUCCUCCUGGCCUGCUGGGUCAGGGGCUGCUGCAACUGAUUCUCUGCCUUAAAUGCUGGUGGGACCUGGGGUCCACAGAGGUCUGCUGGGAGGGCAACUCCAUUCCCAGGAAAGCAGAAGCUGAAGAACCACUAGAGGGUGCUGUGCACCGUGGUGUCUCAGGCCAGGGAGCAAAGAAAAGCCAGCCCUGCCUGUCCAGUCACUCACAGCCCACCCACCACACCCCUGCUGUCCCCUCAUCUUGCUGCUGCGGCCUGGAUGAGAGGGUUCCCAGACACAAGUCAAGAGGCACACGCUUGUCACCACGUGCCCAGGGUCCAGGAACCCUAACUUCUCUCCCACUUGUCUGAUGGUCAGUCUGUGAGCGGCCAAGCUCAGCACUGCCUGAUGUGCCCCCAAGGCCUGGGAGGGGAGGAAACCAGCUCCAUGUGGGGGUGGGGGUGCAGUGGCCUCCUGGGCAGGCCAACUACACCCAGGUCUUGUAAGAUGCAUACUUGCAUCUUUGGGGUCAGGGCCAUGUUCCCUGCGAGCAUCCAGGCCACUCCACAGCCAUGUCACUGCAGAGGCACUUCCUGAUGCCCCCGGGACCUCUGUACCUCACGUCCCAGUUCACAGGCCUCUCCCGCCCCUGCAAGCCCCUACCCACAGGUGCUCUGCCCCACACAUUGUGUGUGCUUCCUGGUGUGGCCCAACAGUGCUGUCCCAGGGCGCUUCCGCUGGCCCCGGCCACCACACUGGGGCUGCCUCACCUGUCCACAUGGCAUUCAGAGCGACCUGAGGCCUCAGUGACAUGCCUGCUUUCUCUAGCCCUUAGUGGGGGCAAGAUGAAGACAAGGCACAUUGGCAGGAUGGCUGCCCUGUCUGUACCGAGUCCCCUCCUGGGGCGUCCCCAGACGCCUGACCACCCGCUGCUCUGGGGCCUCUGGAGCCCCCACAGGAGCCCGAAUGUCAAUAAAGGGAGUUCCUCAAGAAC